UUUAAAGUCCAAGAUAACCAUACUGUAGUCGUUUAAGUCUGUUAAAGGCGAGUCAAUCACUCAGUUCAACUCUUCUGUACUUCAGAGAGAGAGAGUAAGACUGUUGUCAUGUUGAAGUUUGUGUUGUUGGUGUGCCUCGUGCUGACAGUCACACAGGCAGUCAAAUACCACAAGAGUAAACUACAGUUUGCACAGAAACGAAGCUUGAUGGUGAAACGACAAGCGACAAUCUGCGGUGAGAACCAGUUCUUGUGCACUUCCGGUGAGUGCAUUCUAUCGGAGUGGACGUGCGACACACAGGCCGACUGCGCUGACGGGUCUGACGAAAAGGAAUGUGAGUGUGUUUGUAGAGGUGAUCGCAAGUUCCAGUGCCACAACGGACACUGCAUUCCAGCAUCUUUCGUUUGUGAUUUGGACAACGAUUGUGGCGAUAACAGUGACGAAAUCGACUGCGGUAAAUUAGACUUCCUUCGACGACUGUGUCUACCUUUACAGUCUAGUCAAACGUGGGCUCACACUAAUGUUUUCAGACUGACCACCUGCAGACCUGGCCAGGUGCAGUGUGACAACAGGUGUAUCGAGGAAUCGUGGCUGUGUGAUGGGGAAAUCGACUGUAACGACGCCGUGGAUGAGAAAAACUGUGGCAGCACGUGCAGAGAGGACCAGUUCCAGUGCGCCGAUGGGUCUCAUUGUAUCCCUGCUGUGUACGAAUGUGAUAUCGCUGUGGACUGUCCUGAUGGAAGCGACGAACAGAACUGCCAAUGUGACCCAACCACCGAGUUCCGGUGCAACAACGGCCAGUGCAUUAACAUCGACUGGAGGUGUGACAACGACGCCGACUGCUUCGAUGCUUCUGACGAACUCGGAUGCCAAGCUAGAAGCCAUCUUGGUAAGAUAACCACAUCUUGCUUACAGCCUUUUGUCAGUGAUUUGUUCUGGAAGAAGCGCAAGUCCAGAAUCAUGUUGAAGUUUGUGUUGUUGGUGUGCCUGGUGCUGACAGUCACACAGGCAGUCAAAUACCACAAGAGUAAACUACAGUUUGCACAGAAACGAAGCUUAAUGACGAAACGACAAGCAAGAAUCUGUGGUGAGAACCAGUUCUUGUGCACUUCCGGUGAGUGCAUCCUAUCGGAGUGGACGUGCGACACACAAGCCGACUGUGCUGACGGGUCCGACGAAAAGGAAUGUGACUGCGUUUGCAGAGGUGAAUACAAGUUUCAGUGCGCAAACGGCAAUUGUGUUCCCCGGGGCGCCGUUUGCGACAGGUACAACGAUUGUGGCGAUAACAGUGACGAAGCUGACUGCGAACCAGUCACCUGUGAACCCGACCAGGUGCAAUGUGACACAUACAGGUGUAUCCAUGAGUCGUGGGUGUGUGAUAACGACUACGACUGUGAUGAUGGAUGGGACGAGAGUGACUGUGGUGGCACGUGCAGGCAGGAUCGGUUCCCGUGCGCUGAUGGGUCAAAGUGCAUCCCCAUUCAUUGGGAAUGUGAUAAUGAUGAUGACUGUGCUGACGGAAGUGACGAAGCGCACUGUCACGGCACGUGCAGAGAAGACCAAUUCCAGUGCGUGGAUGGGUCGAAGUGCAUCCCUGCAUCCUGGAAGUGUGAUGGCGGUAGGCACUGUGAUGAUGAAAGCGAUGAGCGGGACUGUGUAUGCGAUCCUGAAACCCAGUUCAAGUGCACCAAUGGAAGAUGUAUUAGUCUCGACUGGCGAUGUGACAGUGAGGAUGACUGCAGUGAUUCUUCUGAUGAACUUGCUGCCCAACUCUGCACCCAAGUGUGUGUCGUGACCACAUGACUAAGCGAGGCUGUGCGUUGAUGAACGACACGAUGCACGCCAUCUGUCUGGACGACGACCUCGGCUUCAAGUACUGCCGCAAGUUCUGCGAACUGUGCGUGGAAACGAGGAGGAAUAAUUUGAAAGCACUUAUCUUAAUCUGACUUGCUGUGAGUCCAUCCUUGUGCAUGAAUUGUCCGGGCUUUAAAAAAAGUCGUGAAUGGGAAGAAACAAGAAUCGAACUCACCUCACUUUGCCUUGUACAUCGCUUGGUGACGUCAUGAAUAAACUAACACUUUUUUCUGGUU